AAUGUUCAAAUGGGAGACUGAAUUAUUAUUUAUGUACAAUGAAAGAGGUAAAGACUGGAACGCAUUGUAUACAUGAAAGGAAAGAGGAAAAAAAAUGAAAUGAAAAAGUCGCCAAUCGUCUCUUCUCUCUUUUUUACUGUAUAUGCUCAAUGGAAUUUUCAAAUUGGACUGAAUUACUAUUAUCAAGGUCUUGGUCAACAGUAAAUUAUUAUCAUUAUCAUAAUAAUUUUCACGGUUUCUAUUGUUGUUGUUAUUGUCGUUUCACCUUUCAUGCUUGCCAAUGUGUACCAACAUCAUAACUGAACACAUGAAAUUCAAACAUUUUUCAAAACUAUUUUCAGUCCAAUAAUUUAAAUUACAAUCUUGAUUCAGCUUUAUUUUAGUUAAUCUUUUCAAUUAUACUUUUCUACUUUUUACAAAAUUGUUUGCUGUUCAUCAUCACAUUCAAUGGUCUUUCAAAUGGUCAACUUGAAAAAACUUUUUACAUUCAUGAUCAUAUUUUGUCCCAUUUGUCUGACGCUCAUUUGGUCAACGAUUUAGAUUCACUUUAUAAUGUGACUUCAUCUUUGCAACGGAUCAGAUUACUCGUCAUUUUUGAUUCUUUUCCUUGUCACUGUUUUUCAACAUUUGCCAUGAAUUUGAUUAGCCAUUUGUGUUUCAUGGUUAAACUUUCAUUGGGUUUGAUUUACUUCACUCCGAGCCAAAUUCACUCCUUGGUUUGUAUUCUCAAUGAAAAUGAAUCGACUUCACCUCAAGUGCUCAAUAUUUUUGAUAUUGAAAGUCAAAGUAAUUCUACUUGUUGUCGAAUCAAAUUAACUGAUAUUUCAUCUGAAUCCAGUGAGGAAAAAAAUAAAUUGUGUUUUACUGAAUCAGCCAACGGUGAUAACAUUAACUUUGAUUCAAUUGAAGAGAGGAGCAAAUCGAGGACUUUGAUUAAAGUUUCAGGUAAAUUUUAUCCCUCUUCAAAGGAAUCUGAUUCUUCUCCUGUGAAUGCUAUUUGCAUGAAAGGCGAAAUUGUUUUUUGUACUCAACUCUCCAAAAAAGACACUUUUCCAGAUGAUCUAUCAUUAUCAAAAGCUAAUAAACACCGAAGGAAAACAUUAUUCGAUGAGAAUAAUAGUGAUGACAAUAGUGGUGAUAAUGAUGUGAAUAAUGAAAAGAGCAAUGACGUUAAUCCUCAAAAUCAUCAAGAAAUAAUUAUAGUUGCUCCAAAUGAACCCGAUUCAUCUUCGAAUCAAGAUAUCAAAGUUGAAUAUGUCAUUGGAGAAGAAGUGAAACUUGCCUGUUUACUGGAAUCCAGAGACUCGAAUGAAGUUAUCUGGAUGAAGGACAAUCUUACAAUAUCAUCACAACCAUCAGCUGAAUUAGUCAGUGAUACUGAAUAUCAAAUUUUUCACAACUCAAUAAAUUCAUUUAUAAUCUUAAAUGUACUCAAAAUAACGAUCAACAGCGCCAAUGCAAGUGGCCUUUACACUUGUGCUAUUAAAAGCAACUCAUCAACCGAACAAGGCGAAUCCAUGUCUUUUCAAGUUAUCGCAACUUCAUCUCGAGAAUACGCUGAAUACAAAUUCAAACGACCCAAUAUAACUGGCUUCAUUGUUGGAAUGAUUCCAUCGAUAAUGCUCUUCUUCUACAUCAUCAUGAGUCUUGGAUACCGAUCAAGAUAUGCAAUGGAACAGGAAGAGGAAGAAGAAGGACUCGGAAUAUGAAAAGAAACAAAAAAAGAUAUUGAAGUACAUUUUCAUCGUAACUGAUUGAAAGUCAAUCCGAGAUGAACAGAAAACUCAACAACGAUUCUUAUGUUUCCCUCCAAACGGAACCUGUGACUUAAUCAACUCAAUUUGUAAAUUUGAAUGGACGCCAAACACGAUCAAAUAUUUUUGUUCAAUAGCAUUCGAUUGAGGAAAAGUGAUCUUAAUCAAAUAAUUUAUUGUUUUUAACUAAACUUUUUCAAUGAAUACCGAUAAAUCGAAAAGCGACUCAGUGAAAGAUAAUUUGUAGCUCGAAGCAAGUGCUUUAACCGAAAAUCGAUGUAACCUAGUGUACAGCCACAGAAAAUUUUAUUUCAAAGUUAGUUUAUUUUCUGUUAGAUUAUAAAAGUCAAAUCAGACAAUGGAUUUGAUAAAAAUCUGGUUCCAUAACUGUACAGAAAGCACUAAAGAUUGAACUGUGAUCUGAUUUUAUAACGUAUUGUGUAACAGAGAAAUGAACGUACAAAUGAACUUAUAUUUUCAUGGCCAUAAUAAGAUCACCAAGUCACAACUCGUACAGCUGUAACUCGAAUCUUUUUGCAUUUGCUCAUUCAGGGAACUUGAAAAGGUGGGAUCAGCCAUCAAUAGAUGGAGUCAACACUGUGAUUGUCAUUUUUGAUGCUGGUUGAUUAGAAGGGUUUUUGUAGGUUCAACUACAUGCAUCUGUAUUUCACUCCCACCAGAUUUUGGAUUUAACCCGAUAUAGUUGGAUUUGAGCACUAGCAAUUCGUGCUCGUUUAACAGUUUAUUUUCAUGACUAUCAUUCAAAUAAUCAGAUCGCAGUAGACGUUAUAGCAUGUUUUUGUUUUAUCAUAUGUGUUAAGCUUUUCCUUCGUUAAUUUUUUAUCUCAUUUCAAGCAAUUAAACAGUGUAUAUGAUAGAUGAUUCAUUAUUCUUUAUAAGUUGAGUAAACUCGGUUAUCACAUAUCAUGCCUGGGAGGGUUGCGGAGGACAAAACUAAAUGAUGUGCAAUUUCAUUCUGGAUAGUUUUGUAGGAACUCAAUCUAAUCGAAUCUUGUAAUAAAAAAUCUCAUUUAAAUAAAUGGUCACUUUUUCUGAUUUGA